AUGGCCGCGGUCGCAGGCUUUGUCGCCAGCAUCGCGCAAAUAGCCAGCGCUGGUAUUCGGUUGAGCUCUGUUUUGUACGACGCUGCGAGCGGUGACGCUCACACACAGCAAGAGGUAGCUGAUAUCGCGGAUGAUGUCAAAACCACCGCCAUCGCCCUCGAUGGUGUCGGCAGAAUUAUUGGAGAAGACGUUGCUCAUGAUGUGUCGAGGACCGCACUCUCAGAAGCUGGCGACCUGGCCAAGCGAUGCGAAGCCGUGUUUGGCGACGUUCAAGAAUUCAUCGAAAAAGGGAAUAACCCAGGUCAAGACGAAAAGAAGACUUCGCGGGCGCAUGAUCAGUCAAAAGAGCAGAGGACCGAAGUAUUGAGGCGCAGGCUAGACAGCCUAAAGCACAGCAACCUGCUUCUGCUGCAUGUCCUCCAGCUAGCAAAUGCGCAGGCUAAAGGGAACGUCGACAACAACUUGAUUGCGCAAGAGCGGGAGUCGAUUCGGGAACUUCAUCAACGACAGCAGGAUUCACUGAAGGCUCUACAAGCGCUUGAAACCAAGUUCGGCGACGUCUUAUUUUCCGACGAUGAAACGCUCAAUGGCUCCGCCGCCCCAUCACGUGUGCCGACCAUCAACUUUCUGGUCCAUUCAUCCGCGCGCGGUGUUUCUUCGGAUGGAAAAGCUUCUGGUCUCGCCAGAAGCACGGUACAAGCGCCUAGCGCGUUAAGCGACAAACCUGAAACAUCUGACAGCGACAACAGCGAUGAGACAGUGACCGACGACGACGAGGACCUAACAGUCAAUGACCUCGCUCAUUGCGCGACUCACGUCCAAAAGCUAUUGAAGCGCAUCACGGCAUUACAGCGGUCUUGCGAGAUUGGCAAUGUGCAAUCAUCUAGGGGCCGUUUCCCUCGGAACAAAGUCCUCAAAUUGUAUCGAAGGUUUUGCCGCAAGUUCGAAUCAGAAAUGGCCAGCCAUACAAGUGCUACCCCGACGGUAGCACCGUUACCAAAUGUUUCGUUUCCCUAUCAGUACCAUCAGCGUGUCCAGCCACACGAAACGACACGCGACUCGCACCCACAAAAUCAACACACACCUGGGGCACUACCAGGCCCUUCUGGCACGCCUGCAGACCGAACCUCCCUGCAGACUCACUCACAGAGUCAACAAAACAGCACACAUACGGCCAGACCAGUUGUAGAGGCACAAUAUGCCCCAGCGCCCCCUGCUUGGAUCAUUUCUUCUGAACCUCUCGGACCAGGAAGUCGCCCAAAGCUACCUCCCCUAGCAAGUUCUAUUCCGGCCGUUCCACACGCAAGCCACGCCAGUCCUACUAGUGAAAUGAUGUCACCUGCUGAUGACCACGACGCCAAAUACAGUGGAACCGAUGGCGAUGGUGAACAUGGGUCGCACGAGAAUGGCCCGGUCGUCUACACGAAGACAGGUCGAAUCUCGAAAGCAAAGAAGGGGCUCAAAGUUCACGUGUGCGAAGAGUGUGGGAGGUCGUUCACACGAGCGGAGCAUUUACGACGGCACCAAAAGAACCAUGGGCCAAAUCAAGUACGGUGCGAGCUUUGUGGCAAAGUCUUCUUCAGGGCGGACUUGCUGCAGCGGCAUCUAGAACGACAUAAAGAUCUACCUCAGGGCUACCGAUUCAGCAAUGUUCCUGCGCCAGACACAGAGGGCGCGUCGCCCGUAGCCGACGACCAGCAUCAUCGACACAUAUUGCCUGCGCCCGGUAAUGCUGUACCUGGCAUUCCACAUCACAGUCCUGGCGGCAGGUCCGUUAACUCGAGUGGUGCUAGUGGUGCGCCAACCCCCUCAGAAGUACCAGCAGCAUCUCCAGCAGUGACAUCACGCGCGCAUGCUGCGUGGGAUACUGCCAGAACUCAAACAGUAGCACCGCUCGUGCAGGAGGAAAUGACUCCACAACGAACGCAUGGUUGGCAAACAGUCAAUGCCCAGGAAAGAAAGCACUCCGAAACAGCUCAAACUCACGCCUCUUCGGCUGCUUUGCAACAGUCACAUCCUGGUCUACCAAAACUCCAGCCCAAACCUGAUACGGCUAAUGGUGCUUCAACCCAUAGGCGUUACAGCAAUAUUCUUCCUGCUCCAGGAGCAGGAAAUGCACCUCAUCAGCCUGCCGCUUACCCACAAGAGCAUACGCCUAACAUGCUUCCGGCCCGUCACCAACUGCCUCCAAUCGUCACCGGCUCGCGACCCUCUCCAUUCCGCCAGGACGGACACCUCAUCUCACAUUCUCCGGCGGCUUCCACUAUCCCAGCGCCUGGUCCAGCGGCACACUUAGAUCAUAGCAACACAUCGCGAAGUGUUCCUCCGAAUACUCUAGGUCGCCCUAACAUCGAGUCUGGCAACAUAUCAUCCGACAGAGAGGGCGUCAACUGGAGACUGGCCGAGACGGACGCACAAUCAUACAGAAAGAGAAAACACUACCGCACGGUAAGCCAAACAGAUGGCGAUUCCAGUGGGUUUGAGGAUCGUGGGAAUGGCCAUGCAGCUCACCGGACCCCCGACAUCCUCGGCCGUUCUCGCUCAGGAAGCCGCUCGCUCAGUCUUGUAAUGCCACAGGACGACAGAGAUCACGCACUUCUGGGCUCGAGUCGGCCGGAAAACCGGCAGCGACCUGAAAUCAUCUCGCCCCAUGGUGGACCACCCUUAAUAGCGCUAUCUCCCUCCCUGGCAGAAAAGAGAUCGCCCUCCCGCCCCUCUACCGCGGUGUCCGACUCCGCAAACAUCCAAGCAUCAUCAGCCAAGCCCGCAAGCGGCCCCGAAAGCCCCGAACCAGAAUCCCCCUACAGCCUCGCCACCAUAAACCGCUACAUCCAGAACCAAGGCCCGCAGCCCGGCGUGCAGGAUCUCGCCUCAGACGUUUCUCCCAAGAUAAGCAUGAACCCGUGCGAGCGCUGCAGAGAGUACAGCAUAAAAUGCGAUGGCAAGAUUCCGUCGUGCACCGCGUGCGCGACUACGAAGUACGCGGGUGAAUGCUCGUUUGCGGGUAUGGCAGCCUAUCCCGCGCAUUUGGGCGGCGCUAAUCCUGGGAUUGCAGGACCGAAGUUUUAUGAGGGUAUCGGUGUCGAGGGGGAUGGGUCGGGGGCAGAGUCAGGUGGGGAGCAGAGGCAACAACAGCAUCUACAGGCGGGCGUUCCUGUUGCUCAGCAGGGAGGGAGUACGACGGUGAAGAAGAAGAGGAGCUGCCGAGCCCGUAUUUGA